AUGAAAUGUAUAAUUGCGAUAUGCUUGCUAACGCUAGUACCCAAAGAUACGCAAACGUUGCUGCUUAAUCAAAUGGAUUGGAAAAAUCUGCUCAAGAGUGGAGCCUUGGAUUUAAAUGUUUUGCGGUGCUUUAUGCGGGAUAAAAACUUCUGCCCCAGUCCCUACAUUCAGCAUCGUCUCUAUGCACCCAAUGGUCCGCGCAAUGGGCUGCCACUGAGUAUCCAUAAUCCGUUGACCCUGUACAAGGGCGGUUUCAGCAAACAGCGCGAGACGGUAUUCAUAGUGCAUGGCUUCAAUGGUACUGCCAUCGACAUCCACCUACAAUUUCUGCGGGAUGCAUAUUUGACGCGUGACUUUAAUGUGAUAACUGUGGACUGGCGACCAUUGAGUCGAUAUCCUUGCUACCUGCACGCGUUGAUCAAUACCCGUUUGACGGCUCAGUGUUCGGCUCAGGUGUAUUCCUUUCUGACGCACUAUGGUGCCACAAGGGAGAAGAUCACUUGCGUUGGACACUCACUGGGCGCUCAUAUCUGUGGCAUGAUUAGUAAUCAUUUGACCAAGAAACAGUAUCGCAUCAUUGGGCUCGAUCCGGCGCGUCCCUUGAUCGAGCGCAAGAAGAGCAAUCUAUUUCGUUUGUCCCUGGAUGAUGCGAGCGUCAUUCAGGUGCUCCACACAAAUGCCGGCUAUCUCGGCCAAGAAGAUAAUACUGGCCAUCUCAAUUAUUGUGUAAAUGGCGGUCGCAUUCAGCCAUACUGUAAAGGAAAUCCGAUUAGACGCUAUCGCUGUUCGCACUUUCUGAGCAUUUGUUAUUUGGCCAUGGCCACCUCGAAGCUCUCCAAAUUUGUGGGCAUACCCUGUCCAAAUGGAUGUGUCAACUUGUCAGGACCAAAACGUUUGCCAGUUAAUGGUAAAAUGAAUCCGUUAACGUUUGUUUCAAUGCUGCGGGACUAUAAAAUUGGCAACGAUGCUCCAGACGAAGCUCGGGGCUGCGUUUGCAUUGAUGUACCCUACGCUAAGAACUGUCCGUUCACGGAAUAG